CACGGAACCGGCGGGGGGGGCGGCGGCGGCGGCCACGGAGGCCCCCGGCGAGGCCGCCCCGCUGAGCCACAACCACGUCGCCGCCGCCUCCGCUGCCGCUGCUGCCGCCGGCGGCGGGGGGGAGGCGGAGGCGGCGGCCCCGUCGGCGGUGCCGUCCGGGGAGGCGGUGCUGCUGUACCGGGACAAGUCGAACCUGUACCCGGGCGGCGUGCAGGCGGGGCCCGGCGGGGCCGCGCUGCGCCCCAACGGGCAGACCAAGUCGCUGGUGCCGCAGCGGCUGGCGCUGGAGUACAUCGUGCCCUGCAUGAACAAGCACGGCAUCUGCGUGGUGGACGACUUCCUGGGCAAGGAGCUGGGCGGGCUGGUGGCCCAGGAGGUGCGGGCCCUGCACCACACCGGCCGCUUCACCGACGGGCAGCUCGUCAGCCAGAAGAGCGACUCGUCCAAGGACAUCCGCGGCGACAAGAUCACCUGGGUGGAGGGCAAGGAGCCGGGCUGCCAGACCAUCCGCCUGCUGAUGAACAGCAUGGACGAUCUGAUCCGCCACUGCAACGGCAAGCUGGGCAACUACCGCAUCAACGGCAGGACGAAAGUGAGUGGGGCGCGGGGGGCCUUCCCCCUAAAGGACGGGGUCAUGCAAGAGAGAAAUGAAGUCGAAGGCAGCAAACUCACUGGUCCUGCAGGAGUUGCAGUGUACGUGGGUGUUAUUCUUAGCAGUACAGAGGAGUAUGCCGUGGAGAUGCUGUAA